AUGUUGUCCGAACAGGAGAAAACGAAGAUCCGAAGUUUCGUGAGUGAUCAGCUCCGAGGUCAGGAGGACUUAAGGUAAACCAGGUUCGGUUUUUCCUCCUGAACUCUGACCCUGUUCGGGGUUUUUACAGGUUUUAACAGGUUCUGGUUCCGAAAGUGUGUCAGUGGUUCUAGGAACUGUUGUUAACUUCGGUCCAAGUCUGACUUUAGAGAGACAGAUCAGCGUUUUACCAGUUUAAUGAUAAUGUUAUUAAAAACAAAAACAGGUUUUUUCAGUGACUGUGAGGAAACGACGUGGAGGUGAGUGACUGACAGACAGGGGCGCGUCCAGACUCUUAGACUGGGGGGGCCCAACUGUUUUUGGCAUUAAGUAUGUGUGCACAAAACAAACAAGAAUAAAUAUUAAUUCAUUUAACAUUUCUGUCUCCACUAAACACGUCCAUUUGAGAUGCUCAAGAUUGAAGUUUCAUGUAGAAAUAAUAAUCCUGUGUGUGUUUAUUAAAUCAACAAAGUAACAGCUGAGAAACAAACACAAACACCCCGAAAACCCUGAACUCUUUAAGGACUUAAAGGUAGAUUUUUAUCCAAAGUCAUGAUUUAAAAAACUGAGAAACUGUCAGCGGACGUCUGAACACCAUCCUACAGUAUUUCUCCACAGGCAGCAGUAGAGGAGGCAUACUGUGUUACUAUUUUGUGUUUUAUAUAAUGUACAGACUUUUGUAUAAUCUCUUUAUUUUUAUUUUAUCUCUUUAUUUUAACUUAUUUUUUUUUACUUUUUCUUUAUCUAUUUAUCUUUACUUUUACUUAUUUAUUCUAUUUAUCUCUUUAUUUUUACUUAUUCUAUCUUAUUUAUUCGUAUUUUUACUUAUUCUAUCUAUUUAUUUUUAUUUUAACUUAUUUUUUUACUUUUUCUUUAUCUAUUUAUCUUUACUUUUACUAAUUUAUUCUAUUUAUCUCUUUAUUUUUACUUAUUCUAUCUUAUUUAUUUGUAUUUUUACUUAUUAUUUUUACUUAUUCUAUCUAUUUAUUUUUAUUUUAAUUAUUUUUUUUACUUAUUUUAUCUGUUAUUUAUCUCCUCUUUCUACUUUAUUUGCACUUGAGUCACUGUAAAGAAAAUCAGUUUCCCCCUGUGGAUCAUAAAAGUAUCUCUGACUCUGAUUCAAGAACGUGGUUUUAACUUCUGUCCGUCUUCCUUCAGCUCACUGACUCUGGGGAUCCUGAAGAAACGAUAUCUGCUGAACACGAACCGAGACUCUUUGUCUUCAGAGGUCAAAAGUUUCAUGAAACACGUGGUGGGGGAGGAGCUGAUGAAAAUGGAGGUUUGUGAAUUCUCUCUUCACACAUGAGAGAUUUCUCUGCGGAUUUCUGGACAGAUUCGUUAGUUUUAACCGUCAUUAACAUGAGUUUCUUUUUUUCAUGUAAGGAGAGCGACGAUAAAAGUGAAGAGGAGGAGAGAGAGAGGCCUCGAAACAAGAGGAAAAGAGAAGAAGAAGAAGAAGAAGAGGGCAGCGGCGAGGAGAUGAGCGGGAGAAAAGCUGAAACUGGAUCCAGAGCGAAAAAACUCCACAGAGAGCCAGACUCGUCCUCGGGUGAAUAAAAGUCUUUUAUUCUGAUUUUAGAUGAGAGUAAAUGAACUCCUCUGUGAGAUCUGAAGCUUCAGCUGUAAAUACGGGUUUAUUAGGCUGAUUAUCCUGCUCUGUGAAACUUUAGUUCAGGAUUUAGAAACUCUCACAGGAGGCUAAAAUCUCAGCAGCUGAGUGAUCCAACAAACCGGAGACAAAAGGAGUCGAGGAAACUUCAUUUUAUACAUUUAUACUUUAGUUCUCAGUCAAAGUUUUCUGCAGGUUAUUGAUGAAGUUUAUCUUCAUGAGCGACAAACCAAAGAAAACCUCGUCUGAGUCUGAGUCCACCUGUUAUUCAGAGUAAACCAUGUUCGCUCGGUCAGUGAAGGGAGCUGUAACAUCGGGUCAGAACCGGUGUCAGCUUCACCGAAUCUGUGUGUGGCGUCUGUUCUCCUUCAACAAAAAGGGCGCCGAGGUUCUCUUGGAUCUGAGGCUGUGAAAAAAGAGAAACGAUGAAAUGAGGUUCAAACACGACGAGUGGAAAACGAUUAAAACGGUGAACAGAAAAUUAUCAGAGCUUACAAAAACCAACCGUCUGAUUAUACAUGAUACAUCCCAAAACCACACCCCUCAGUGACCACACCCCUCAGUGACCAUCCUAUAGGAAUCACAUCCUAAACAAAUGUACUUUGGCUCCGACACUCUGAUCUCCUAAAGGAAGUUUCUCCUGUCCUUCAUGACCGAAUCAGGUGAUAAAAAGAACCGCAGAGCCGAGAGGGAAGAGAAGGAGGAUCCUGGAUCUGAUCCUGAGGAAGAGGAGGAGGAGGAGGAGGUGAAGAAAUCAGAGGAGAAGGUCAACGGGAGCGGCGAACCUCCGAGCGACUCUUCAGAAGAAGAAAUGAACGAGUCAGAGAGAAAAAAAGAGAGUGAGAGUGAAGAGAGUGACCGCUCUGAAGAAACGGAGGGAAAGAAAGAAAACACGUCCGAGAAAAGAAAGACAGGAAGACGAGAGGAAGAGGAGGAGGAGGAGGAGGAGUCAGACAGCGAGUCUGAGGAGAGUAAGGAUGAUAGAAAAACAAAGAUUAACGACAAAGACGAUCAACGUUCGAGUUCAUCUGAGUUUGUCUGUUUCUCAGAGCGUCCAGCUCCUGAGGAGAAGAAGAACCAGAACUCCGAGUCUUCAUCACUGUCCUCAUCAUCAUCAUCAGGAGGAGGAGGAGAAAGGAAACAAGGAAGACGACAAGAAGAGGAAGGAAAGGAAGAAAGAGAAGGACACCAGAGGUCAGAGGGUAAGUUCAUUAACGAGGAUUUUUCUGCUCAUUUUUAAUUCGAUUGGUCACGUGACUAAAAUACAGGAAAAAUAAAGAAGUAGAAAUAUGAGCAGAAGAUAAACUUCUCCUCUCAGAGCCGUGGAGCUUCAGGAGGAAUUAAAACAACUUUAUUUUUAUUUUAUCAAGAAGCUGAAAAAGUUUGUUUUAAAGAAGUUCACGAGGAUCAUUUUCAUUUUCAUCCCCGACUAUAUUUUAGUUUUGAGACUCAAAAGUGAGAAACGAGGAGCUGCGAUCAGGAUGAAUUUUAACCUUUGACCUUUUUUGUCCUCCUGAAGGAUCAGCAGAAAACGCUGACUCGGCUCAAACGUUACAUCGCUCUGUGCGGCGUGCGGCUGAACUACAAGAAGCUGCUGGACGGCGUCGUCUCUGUUCGCUCACAGGUGGCUGUUCUGAAAAAGGAGCUGGAGAAACUCGGCGUUCACGGUCCGAUUUUUCUCUUUAAACUUUAGUUGGAUGAGUUUUUUUACGCUCUCUCUCUGUUUUCAGUCUUUUCAGCAAAUUUAAAAAGUUAGUUUCUCUUAUUUCACAGUCGACUCGGUCGUAUUAAACUCUGUCGACUGUGUGGUUAAUUAAAAUGAAACCUUCUUUGAUUCCCUGCAGGCAGACCGACUGUCGCCAAAUGUAAAAAAGUUCGACUUGUGAGAGAAGAAGCUCAGGAGCUCGCCGAGCUCGACACGAAAAACAUCAUCACCACCGAAGGUAAAACGCUCUUUUUUCAUCGUCACUGUUUUCUGACACUUUUCUUUGUCGGUGGAGAAACUCUCAUUGAGUAACUUUAGAUAUUAUAUUUAAAAAAAACAGGUUAAAUAUUAAAGUGUCUGAACUUGUCCUGAGACGAAACACUCUUCUACUGUAAAUCAGAAACAAACUAACAGCAGCUGCUCUUAAGAUUUCAGGACAAAAUCAAUUAUCUGAUCAAAUAUUAGAUUCCUGUUUGUUGUACAUUCAUGUAAUCAAUAAUGACACGUCUUCAGUGAUUGAUCAGGCCUGAUGUACUGAUUUGAAAUCAUUUGAAUCUUUUCUUUCAGUUUCCUGUGAUCUCGGUUCAGUUUUUCAAACAGACGUCUUUCUUCUCUCCUUGUUAUUCUAAUAAAAAACUGAUCCGUCUCUCUGAGCAGGUUUCAGGGACCGUCUCUGUCACUCAGUAAAACCGAUUUAUCGUCUUACUCCGAUUGAGACCGGACAACUGAAGUGCAUGUGAACACCUUAAGCUCCUUUCACACCAGGACCAUUUUUGUUGUGCAAUUAUUUCAGACGUCAGUAUUUUUUUUCGAACCCGUAUCCUGUCAAUACAAGAGUGUAACGACCUUCAGUCCGACUAUAAUCAGAGUUUAAGAACUCCGAUUAAGACACCCAGAUAAUGUGAUUGGAAUUCGAUUUUCUCUUCCAUGUAACCAGCGUAGUCGGAGUAUGAUUGGACAAUGCAUGUGUGAGUGCUCCACGCCCCCAGAGUAGAGGAGUAGCGUUGGUCUCAUCUUUAGAAAAAGUAGCGCGUCCAUCAUGUCGGACAAAAACAACGCUGUACGAUGCUCCAUCUUCUUGUUUCUCCAAAAUGCCCAGCAGCAGUUGUAGACACUUCUGACGUCUGACACCGACCUGCUGUUGUUGGUGACGGUUGGAUGGGGUCGGAAACAGCGCCGCUGAAAAGACCCAUAUCGCCCCUUAGUGUUGGGGAGGAGGACACGUUCACGUCAAUAAUUCAGUUUUCUCAGCUGGAUGUAAACGAGGACGAGGAGAGAAGUCUGAUUCAGAGGAAAAGACGAAUUGCGAGUUUAUUCCGAUUAAACGGAGAAUUUAAACGUCCUGACUUUUAGAGCCUUUUACACCUCACAAGACCCCGCCUUAAACUGUCAGUAUGAGCAUUGUGAUUGGCCGGCUCUCUGUAUCAUAGAGGCGUUCUUGUCUAACUUGAGCCUAAUAUGAGGUUUGACCAUAUAAGGAGUUCCUCAACGUUGUCAUGUCGUAAAAAUGUCUAUAGUAGGAAAAACAGAGAUAAGUUUGGAACGGCGUGUUACCCUUUGAGCUCCAGACAGUAAAACAUGUUUACGCUCAGAAACAGACGCCAUAAAAAGAUUUCCAGUCCAGGUUUUUGGACUUUAAAAAAGUCUGAAGGCGUCUGUCCGUCUCCAACAUAACCACCUGUGGGCGUGGCUUUCUGUCUCAGGUCGACCCAAACGCAGAGGUGCGUGGCAGAAAGCAGAGAGCCCGCCGGCCUCUCCGCACGUGCGCGCUCUAAACUCCAGCUCUGAUAGCGAUGAGGAGAAGAGUAAACGAGGGGAGGGCCGGCGAGCGAGGGACUGGGCCAACCUGAAGGGGAUCAUCAGUGACGACGCCGACGACAGUGACUGACAGGGAGGAGGAGGAGGAGGAGGAGGAGGAGGAAGAGGAGGAGGGGGUUUGUCCUGUUGUGGAGUCACUUUUAUAACACAAAUGUUGAUAUUAUUGUUCAGUUGUUUGUACAUUUAUUGUAUCGCAGACAUUUCCUCUGAUGUCAGAAAAAGUUAUUUUUAUAAGUUUGUAUUUUUGUGUAUUUUUAUGUUUAAUAAAAGUUGUUUUUAAGCUGCA